AUGUCCAUUCGGCAAGAGAAACGCAGCUCUGACUUGCGCGAGUCGAGGUUGCUAGUAUAUUCGCUCCUCGAGAGGGAGAUGCAGGCCCAGGUCAGGCUAAUUGACGAAACCAAAAAAUUCGUAGGGACUAUUCCCCAUAUCCAUAAGGCUGUCCAAGCCGAUUUCGAGACCUUGGUUCCAUGCGAGACCCGCUUUCUGAUAUUCCAGACGGACAAUUCCAUGCAGCAGAUACUAGUUCCAGCAUCUAUCCCAAGCUCUGGGAGUAUUCCCUUUGCCCCGAAUUGCCACAGAAUUGGUCCCAAAAUAAUUGCAUAUAUCUUUGCAAUGAGGCAAGUCAUGGCAAAGCACCUUAUGUCAGAAUAUCUUUUGUCUUGCGGUGCUUCUGGAGUUUCAGCGCGGCCGCCCCAACCCACCAAAGAAUCCAUGGAUGAAAUCAUAGUCAUGUGA